UGUAGAGAUUUUUCUGUCAAGAAUUGUAUUACUGUGCAGUAAAGAAGGUUAUUUCCAUAGCAACAUUAUCAGUUCAGAAGCAGAACGCUGAGAUUUUGAGUGCACAAGACUAGAAAUGCCUUUCUAAUUUUAAGUCAUUUAUCACUCCCCAUCCCCAUUCAGUGAGAAAUUUACAUCUUCAUGCACCUGUUAGAUAACUUGGUUUGUUACGGUUGUUUUUAGACUGCUGCAGCUAAAAGCAAAACCACAUGAUGCCUUUUCAUCCUCCUUUGUAAAAUUCCUCCAGUUAUUAUUAUGUUAAGGGUAUUUUAGGACAACACAGCAAGAAGAUCUGUGUCUAAAGCUGGUCACAGUGCUCAUAAUAAAAUUGUUUUGUGAAGUCUACUUGGAAGAGAUUACAGCCGGGAGACCUCAGAUCUCAUGUUGCUUCAGGAUUCCAUGGAUUCUUGCAUUUUUAGAGUUGCUCCAAUGGAUAUUUUUUGCACUUAUUGAAUCUUUACUUAUGGGAAAUUCUUUGCUUUACAUUCCGAACUAAUAAUGACUGAGUCAUGUGAUUGACAAGGGACUUGACUGGUCUAAAAAAAGAAUUUUUUUGGUUGACCAGUUUAUGACUUGAGUCCCCUUAAGAAAAGCAUGCUUGGAUAGUGGCUGGCACAGAUACCAUUUCCUUUCAGUAAGACUGUGGAAGACGUGGCCACUUGAAAUCUGAAAAUGAGUGCACCAUUACUUCCCAACAAGUCAUGUUACAAUCUAUUACAGACCAACAGAAAUGAGAUGAAAAAUAACAAUGAACACGUGUCUGUAGGAGACACAAAUGCCAAUCAAAUCACAUCGGAGGUCAGAACCCCUGGAACAGCAAUAAGGACAAGAAAUAUUUCAGGAGAAUCUGCUUGCUUACACACCAGUAAGCAAGAAACCAACAGACAGUUAGACUCUGAGAGGAACAAUCUUCAGGGCAUCACUGGUGAAUCAGAGUUUAUACUAUCUUCUACCAUCAGCAAGAAACUGCACACAGAUUGUAGGCCCGAAGGGCUUAAGGACACUUCAAAGCUAGUCACUAUUAGCCGAGGACACAGUUUGUCCAACCUGAGGAUCAACACAAGUGAUAACUUUUCAGUGGUACUUUCAAAAAGCGAUGCUGAUCUUAUUCAGUAUGUUUCAAAGGAAAAAACGCCUAGAAGUAUUGAGCCAGAAGGAAUAAAACGCCUCUCUUUGGGGAGAUCAAGAAAACUUAUGGCUAAAACAGAAAAAGAAUUUGUUGGUCGUGUAUCAGGUAAACGCUUACUUUCGGUAUCCUUGGAUUCCAUCAACACGUCACAUCAUUUGAGUGGGGACAUAGAGAAAACUCAGAAAACAUCAAGAGACCAUUUUCUAGGUAUGGUGUUCCAUCCAACUGAUGGUGUGUCAGAAGGAAAAAUUGUACCUUAUUCUAAAUAUUCGUCUACCUCAGAAAUGGAAAGAGCAAGUGCCCCAGCCAUACAAUCAGGGGUGGAUAACGUACCAAAUGCCAACAAACAAGGCCCUCCACAUCAUGCUGUUCUUGACCUCCAUUUAACUGUUAAAUCCAAUGAACUUCGGAAAUCAGAAGCACAAAUUGACCAUCAAAGUGAUAAGAGAGGAAAAGGGGAGGUGAAGUGUCCUCUGUCUUCACAGUCUAAGCGUGUGGGUGAGCAAAAAAUAAACAAGGUUAUGUUAUUUGAAUUUCUUGGAUGCCCAGCAGAAGAAAAUAAUGUUGUGGUACAGAAUCAAAAGGAUACGGAGACAGAAAUACACAAGACCAAAUUACAUCAGUUGCCAAAAGAGGAUCUGUUUUUAAAUGAAUGUUUUGACUCUGUUAAUGGAAGUCUGAUAAGGGAGAAGGGCUCUUCAGAUGUAAGAAAAGGAAAUAAUUAUAGUAACAGCAAAGUAGCAAGCAAAGCGAAUGGGGAAUAUAGAGCUAUGAAGGAGGUAGACUCUAUUUCAGCUCCUGAUGAUGGUACUAUACAUGUUGAUAAAUUGACGUCAACAAGGAAUGAAAACCUACACAUUGGUAGCACAAGUUGUAUUCCAGCAGUUAAUGGGCAUAUGUCUUUUAUGGAUAGCGUUAAUGUGACAGACACCAAACAUCUGAAUAGCUAUGAAAAUAAACAGAUUCUACUCAAAGGACCCAGUGAAGAUGUUAUAAUUGUCCAAUCUGAUUUGGAAGCUCCCAAACCACAAAAUACAGAAAAUAUCUUGGUAAAUUUUAACAUUGUGGACAGUGAUUUAGAAACCACAAAUUUUUCAGUUCAGAGCAAGAAAAUAGUUAACGAAAAGAAAGAGCAUUCAAAUAAUGCACCGGAAAGCUGUAAAAUAAUAGCACAAAGUGAAACUUUUUUAUGUCCCCCAACUCCUUUGCGCCCUUCGGCAACUAUGAAUCCCAGUAGCCACAGCACAGUGUCAAACAGCAGUUUGAAGGAACUUUGUGCACUUCAUGUUGACAAGCUGCCAUCUUCUGCAACCCUACCUCCCACUGAGAGCACCCAGUUAUUUAACUCAUCCCCUAAAGUGCCUAAUAAAACUACAUGUAACAGUGGGAUCCCUAAGCCUAUCCUUAUAAAUUCCAAGGGGCCCCUACCAGCCAGUUACAAUGGUGAGCAUGAGGAUAUGGAGAAACCUGAAGAUAAGGUUGAAACGCCAGCCAUUCCCAAGCCCAAACAUGUGAGGCCUAAAAUAAUAACUUACAUUAGAAGGAACCCUCAGGCAAUCAGCCAGCUUGAUCAGUCUGGAUUGUCUUGCAUGCCCCCUGCUUGUGGGUUGGCAACUGAACAGAAAAUGUUAAAUGAUGGAGACAUUAAACCAAGCAAUGUUUUCUACGAAAAAUUUAAAACUGACUUUCAGAAGCCUCAGAUUUACAGUUCUGGAUUUGUAGUAUCUGGCAUUAAAUCCUCAGACCAUCAGUUUGGUCCAAUGGGUGAAAAGUUUUUCCAGGAGGUUGGAGAAAGGCCUGCGAAAGACAAUUUUUCUCCUCCACCAUAUGCUCACUAUGAGGUGCCUCCAAGCUUUUAUCGCUCAACAAUGAUCCUUAAACCCCAGUUAGGACUUGGUGCUAUUUCCAGGUUGCCAUCUGUGAAAAGCAGGAUUUUGAUUUCCAGUCAAAGGUCUUCAGCAAGCUGCAUCCAUCCUCAACCACCAAUACCCAGUUCAACGCUAUUCCAUCCUGAUACUUCAGUUGAUCUUAAAAAAGGCGCAAGUCCAAAUGCUACAAAAUCGAAUCUUCCAAAGCCAUGUCAGUCUGGACUUCGCCCUCCUGGUUAUUCACGGUUGCCGCCAGCUAAACUCGCCACGUUUGGUUUUGUCAGGAGCUCCAGUGUCUCCUCAAUCUCAAGCAAAUCAAGUGACAGAAUCCAGAGCGAUCAAAGCAAGACAGCCAAUCGUUCAAGCCUUGGAAAUGAAGAGCAAAUCAUUCUCAAGGCAGCUGAACCAUCUAAAGAAGCACUUAAGGGGGUCAAUAGAACUUCACUGCAGGCGUCAAAUAGCACACCAAUUUCCCGCAGGAGUCUCCUUCCCGCACCAAAGACAGGAACAGCACCGGCUGGGCCAAAAAAAGAAGGACAGAAAGAUCAGGAAAGCAGCAGGCCUAUCAUCUCAUCCCCCAAGAGGCUGAUAGUGGCAGCCACCAAGCUCCAUUCACCAGGACAUCCUAAACAAAAGUCUUCUGUUCCAAGGAAUGGAUUUUCUGCAAAGCCAGAUUUGCAGACACGAGAGCCAGAACGGCAGUUCAUUCAGCAAAUGAAGGAUAGGUGUGAUGAACUCGUCAGAAAAUUCAAUUGUGUCCAAGAAGAACUCAAGAGAACCAGAUGUGGCUUUGAUGUCUUUGUUAUAACAACACAGUUUUUCUUUCAGAAGAAUGAAAGUGCCUUUGUGAAAGAAAAGGAGAUCUCAGCUGAGCUUGCAAAUGUCAAGGAUGAAGUUGCCCUCAAUACAGGGAAAUACGAGACACUACAAAAAGAGAAGGAGGAGAUGGAAAAGAAGUUUGAAGGAACUGUGCAGAAACUCACUUGGCAGCAACAGGAGGAGCUCCUAGCACUUGAAGAACGUUUGCAGUUACAGUACAGUGCUGAACUAGAACAUUUGCGUGAGAACCAUCAGAUCAAGCUUGAGAGAAUCAAGAGUCAGCAUCAGGAACAGGUGGAUGACAUUGCAGCAACUCAGGAAGUGGCAGUAUUAGAGAUGGAAAAUAGCCACGCGAUUGCCAUUGCAGAACUUCAGGAAGAAUACGAGCACAAAAUUCAAGACAUAAAGUCUGCUCAUGAGCAAGAAAAAAGAGAACUGGAAGAAAAUUUUGAAAAGUUGCGCUUGUCACUCCAGGACCAGGUAGAUACUCUCACUUUUCAAAGCCAGUCUCUAAAGGACAAGGCAAAACGAUUUGAAGAGGCAUUGAAGAAAAACACUGAAGAACAACUAGAGGUUGCCCUGGCUCCAUAUCAGCAUUUAGAAGAAGAUAUGAAGAGCUUAAAGCAGAUUCUGGAAAUGAAGAAUGUACUCAUUCAUCAACAAGAAAAGAGGAUCAUGGAGCUAGAAAGGCUGGCAGAAAAGAACUUAAUUCUAGAAGAAAAAAUUCAAGUACUACAGCAACAAAAUGAAGACCUCAAAGCCAGGAUUGAUAACAACACUGUGGUGACAAGACAGUUAUCUGAAGAAAAUGCUAACCUCCAAGAAUAUGUGGAGAAGGAAAGCAAGGAAAAAAAGAGGCUGAGCAGGACAAACGAAGAGUUGCUGUGGAAACUCCAGACCUCAGAACCCAUGAGUCCUGUUAAACUAUCUCCAACUUCUCCGACGCGCAUUUAUCGCUCUUCAUCAGGACCCCCAACUCCAGCUAAAGUCAGCACAGUACCAAGAUGACAGACCAAUGCAGCUACUUAAAUAGACUUGGCCCAGAAUAUGGAAAACUGCAGUCCAAGCGAGUUGUUAUGAACUGCAGUGAAAGAUUCGUUGCUGUUCCCACAUGUUCUCUAGUUCCUUAUGAUUAAGCAAUGUACUUUUGUCAUUUCAGCAUCAGCAACUCAAAACUAGCAUAUGAGGUCCAAAAAAAAAUAGCAAUGUAGUCUGAUGCAUGGAAACAUCUUCUGGGAUUAGAGGCAAAAGCACUGGAAAAUUGUUACUUAUCAUUCACCCAGAAUGAUUUCUUUUUCCACAAUAAUAUUUCAGGUUAGUUGCAAAUAGCUCUGCUUACAUCUGUGGCUUUGGUGGGGUAUGGAUUGUAUUGAGAUCCAGGCACAAAAACGUACUCAACAGCCAGAAGGCCUACAUAUACAGCUCUGCAUGUGUAACCGAAGCUGUUCUGAAUUGCAAUUUUUCAUGAACUAAUUCUGCAAAAAGUGCUGAUAUUUUCAAGGCAGCAAUUUUCUAAAAUGUGCCUAAAAAUUAUUCUGAAAGGAAUUUUUUUGGGGGGGGGGGGGGGGGGUGGCUGGGGUCAAAGCUUCCCAGGAACAUUUCUACCCAGACUAGAAAAAAGUUAGAAAAAAGGAGAAGCAUCUUCUAAAUGACCACCAAGUGGUACAUUUUCUAAAGCAGAACACCAGCGACUUUUGAAUUCUUAACUAGUUACUGACUUCAAAAAUGAUAAUUGGUUUUCUACACACAAUGCCUACCAUGGUCACUCAUCUUCCAGGCUCAGUAUUAGAUCUUGCAAUUGUAGUCAGUCAGUUACUUUCUUUCUUUAGCUCAUAAGAGUGACUGACUUUUUUUUAAGGUUUCUAAAUUGUUAGCAAGUUAAUAUAUAUAUAUAUAAAUAUGAACAUAAAUAUCCUCCCCCCCGAACACCAUAAAACCUUUCUUUGUACAGUGACCAUCAAACUUUGGCUGAAAUCCUAACUUACAGUCAAUAUACUAAUAAGUUCGAUUGAAGACAUGAAGUAGUUUGGAUGUUCUUUGACUGUAUUUUGCUCUCUUUUGCAUAUAAAAAACCCCAACUCUACUGACAGAAAUUGCUUCUCAUUCACAGAGAUGGCCAAAGGCAUAGUCAUUCCAGGCAGCUGCUUGUAGCUCAUUAUUUAAUGCCAGUGAAGCAAUUUGCAAGCUGAGAAGGUUGCCUUUGAUCAUUGAUUAGUCAGUUAUGUUGUGGUUGUAUGCAGUAUUGGCAUAUUGAGCAACUUUGUCAGGGAUACCAGAUACGGCUCUAAAAGCAGGGGCCUAAACUUGACCAUUAACAUUGUGCACUUCCACUUAUUCCAUAUUCACAGAAUUUUGUCUCAGUUUAUGGCCAACCCACUGGGUUCAGUAUUUCUGCUUUUCUUAAUUGCCAUCUGAACACUGGUACCCAAAUAUAUAUUUAGUAGUAGCAUUGAAUGGGGUAUUCUGGCUCAAAUGUAGACUGGCUUUCUAAAGUGUAGGAGACAGGAUAGUAAUAUAUUUUGAGAUGAUUCUUGAUCUCAGUGAAAGUAUGAAAAGUAUGCAGCCAAUACCCCUUAUUGUCUUUGAUGUGUUAGAAGGUGAGUUCUAGCAUGUUGUCAAAUACAGUAUGUUAGACUAGACUGUAAAAGCAUUGAUGCUAGCACUUGAAUGCUUGUGGAGCAUAUAUUGCCUAAGUCAGCCUUCCCCAGUUAAAUGCCUCCAGAUAUAUUGGACUGCAAGCUCACAUGGCUCUUAACCUACUUUUUGGGAAUUAAGGGAUUUGUAGCCCAGAAAUCUCACUAAUGCUGCGUUGGGCAAGGCUGAGUUAAGCAAAUGUAGGUCUUGUUAUUUGAUAUCUGUGUGGCACUUUGAUUCUCAAGUAAUGGCUGUGGCUUAGUGUAUAUUUUGCACAGCCAUGGAUGAGUCCAUCAAUUUAAGAACUGUUCAAAGGGCCACAUUAUGUGAGAAAGCAGGAAUAGGUAUAGCGAAAAAUAUGCUAUGACAAAUACUUUGCUGAAGUUUGCACAAACACUUAGUCCAGAAAGUCUGCUUAGUGUUUGGGAAUUGCUGGUAAAGCCUAAACUUCACCUCAAGAGCUAGCCAGCAUUGUCUGAUGACAACCACAGAUUUGGGGCCUAAUUCCAUUGUGUACAAAGUAACAAGACUGAUUUUCCCCCCCUUAGGACUUUAUUUUUGUAGCUGCCUUGCAUGAUACUAUGAUAUUAAGAACAUCUUCUUAGAUUAGCUCAUGUCAUGUUUGUAAGUAACACCAACUGCAGAAUUAGAUUUUACAUAAGGGCAAAAUGAACUGAGAACAGGAAGGUAGAGACAAUGACUUACUAAUGCAAUUUUAUCCACUUUUUAUACUUAAAUGCCUGAAGACAGAGAAUGCCACAGUACGCUUGUCCACUUGUUAUGUUAUCAUUGUGAACAGUGUUGGCUCAUCUAAUCCAUGUUACCAAGACGAUGAUCUAUUUGUUCUUCUAUUGUCCUAUAAGUUAUGUAUCACUCUUUGCUUACAGGCUAUGGAGCUAGUCAUUGACAGAUGAGUGAUUUGUCCAUUGGCAUCUCUGUUAAAGUUGUUUCAUUUCCCCCCCCCCCCCCCCUACACAAUAAUGCUUCCAGCUAUGAUGGGGAUUUCAGCUGAUGGUGGUCAGAGCCAGCCGACAAAAGCUCAAUCCCAACCGUUAUUUCUAUGCAAAUGGCAGUCUAGAAGGUAGUCAUCACCCAUGUAUGCUAUACUGAUUAUUUUCUACAUCCUUAACAACACGGGCAACUUUUUCCUUCUGUAUCAUAAUUCACUGCUUUUAAUCUCAGGCAGAAAACUAUCAUUUGCAUGAUGUUACAUUGCUAAGCAAUACCAAAACACAGAAGGCCCAAUUCACCACCGCCUUUGUGCCACCUUCGCAAACCACUUGUGAAACAUGUUAAACUCAUUUUUGAGAUGGCACAAAGGAUUGAAACAAAAGGCAAUCAUCCCAAUGGAACUGCCAAAUUGCUUUGGCUCACCCAAUGUAACAUCCUUUAUAACUUUCUAUAUGACCAGCUUCCCUGCACUUAUGAAACUAAUGAAGAUACGCAAUGGGGAUAGUCCAACAGCCCAACAAUACUAGUUAUGUGUUACAAGAGUUCUGUACAAAGUUAAAAGAAACUUGUUUUUGUGCAGCUUCCAUUUCACAGCAUUUAAAGCACAAGAGCAGGAUGAAUUAUGUUCUUUGUAGUUCUUGUGGGCAUUUAAAUCUCAAUGCCAGGUGUGUAUCCCUUUUCCUAAUUAGGUUUAAACCAAUCAGCUUGUAUGAAAGGAAGUACAAAAACUAGCUUGGAAAAGCGAUUCCUAACUUUGACUCUUGCUUCUAUCAUUUCAAACUCAGUGUUGGACAAAAUUGCUCCAAGUGUACGGGGCAAAAGGUGCUGCAAAGAUCAAAAGAUUCUUUUGAAUCUUAUAUUCUAGUAAUUGCAGUACUGGAAAGAAAAAUGAGAGAACUUUGCCCAAUGAAUAAGUGGUGCUCCUGGAAAGAUUUAAGAAGUAAGAAAUCAGCCUUGACAGAAUUCUCCCAAAGAAUAGCUAUGGUAUAUUAUACUAUAUUGUACUGAUAUAUUAAAGGAUGCAAUGGAUCAGUGGCUAAGAAGCUGAGCUUGUCGAUCAAAAGGUCAGCAGUUCAGCAGUUUGAAUCCCUAGUGCCACGUAACGGGAUGAGCCCGUUACUUGUCCCAGCUUCUGCCAACCUAGCAGUUUGAAAACACGUAAAAAAUGCAAGUAGAAAAAUAGGGACCACCUUUGGUGGGAAGGUAACAGCAUUCUGUGCGCCUUUGGCGUUUAGUCAUGCCGGCCACAUGACCACGGAGACAUCUUCAGACAGUGCUGGCUCUUGGCUUUGAAAUGGAGAUGAGCACCGCCCCCUAGAGUCAGGAAUGACUAGCACAUAUGUGCGAAGGGAACCUUUACCUUUACUUACUGAUAUAUUAGGUAAGUCUCCCUUCUGCCCCUCCGCCCCCGCAAUAAUUUAUUUUUAAACUAGAAACCUUGACUUACAUUAAGAAUGUUUUAACGUAAGCUUGUGAAAAACAUUGGAGAUGGUUUCACAAUUAAAAAUGUGUAGGUUUGGUAAAUACACUGUACUAGUUGAAGAUCCAAAUGGAAAUAGGUGAGGAACAAGAUGUGUGUGCAUACCCUCCUACUACAUUUAAGAUACUAGAGUAAAACAGUUGCCCUGAAAAGUUAACAGAUGGCCUUUGACAUGACUUGCCGGCAGAUAGUUUAGGGAACAAUGCAAUGCUGGAAGCAUACAGUAGCACACUUGCCAUUCUUUUCACCAAACUGUUCUAUCUUACCUCGAAACCAAGAAUGCAAUCUCAUUUCCACUGUAAUCCUUCUUUUAGGGACAAGCGUGGCAAUACAGUACUACAGUACAUAUCUCUGAGCUUCAAACAAGAUGUGGCAGUUACAAAAAAUUAUGAGUUGUGUUUCCCUGUAUCCACUAUUUGUCUUUCCUGGAAAUCAUCAAAAUUCAUUCUGGCCACCAAAUAUUCCCAGAAAAAAUCUUCCAUAGGUUGCCUAAAGGUUCUUCAAAGUAAUUCAUGAAGAAAAUAAACAGGUAGGGUGAAAUGAUGACCUUAGAAAGAACUUUGGAGAGAUAAGCUAUAAGUCAUAUUUAUCAUCAAUAAAUCAGCCAGAAAUGAACCCAAAGAUAUAUUUUGGAUUAAAGAACCCAAAUCAGGUAUUUUAGGGUCUGCGCUAAUUGCAUUUAUGUCCCAUGGACAUAUGGUAGACCUUCAUGUAAAGUGUCUCCUGCCCACCCACCACCCCACCAUUGUCAGGGGUUUGUGGUCUGAUAAUACAUGGCUGUUUGAAUUAGACGAAAACGUUUGUAUUAUUUCAGUUCCUGUGUAAAGGUGUGUGUAAUAUAUUCAUGGUAAUAAAUAACAUGCUCCAGCAUUA